CCCCGCUGUCUUUGAAAUCUUCAUUAAAGUUUAACCUUUUACUGCAGUGGUAUUGGCAGUCGAGGAUUCAGUUGGAUCGGUCAUCGAAGGAACUUCAAAUUCAACUUAUCGCUUGUCACACCGUGUCAACUGGCGAUACGCACUGGCAGUCACCUUCCCACUCCCCAGACGUCGGUUCUUCAACUCGUCUCGACUCCAUCUCUCAAUUUGGAGACGGGACCCAUAUCUGCCACUCGCAAUGCGUCGUGUCGUCGCCCAAGCCUUCCGUACCGCCUAUCAAUGCACAGCCAGGGGCAUUCGCUCUAACGGCCGCCGGGCCCCUUCUUUUCUGCCUCAGCCGACGGCCAAGGGCGCCGCCGCGACCCGCCGCUUCUUAUCGACAACAAUCGCCGCCCGCAGUUCCCGUCCCCGGACGGCCGGCAUUGGUCCGACUGGCGAAUCAGCCCGCUCAUCGAUGUAUUUUCGACGGGCUUCGGUAGCGCUGGUCUCGGCACUGGUGGGAUACGGCGCCUGGUACUCGUACGGCGGCAACGGCAACGACAGCAUCAUCAAGCGCGCGUACUCAUCUGCCGGGACGGCCACAACGGGAGAGGAGGACGCGGCGCCGACACGUUCAGUUCUGGUGAUUGGGGCUGACGAACUCCACACUGGCACCUUUGUCGGAGAAGGCCCAAUAUCCAAGACCACGGCCGACGACGGGAGGCGUGUGAUUGAGAUGUUGACGCCCGAGCAGGCCACUCAAAAACUGCGGAGGAGCGAGCAGUCGUACUUUGUCAACCGCGGACAGGGUGUUGUACGCUACGAUAUCGUGCAGCUACCGAGCAAUGAUCCGAUCGAGGAUGACCACGCCGAGAAAAUCGUUGAGAUACCCAACAGGAAGGAGGGUGCCGAAACUACUGACUGGAUGUUCUGGGGUGUUUUUGACGGCCAUUCAGGAUGGACGACCUCGGCAAAGCUCCGCCAGGCCUUGGUCAGCUUUGUGGCCCGGGAGCUCAACGAUACCUACAAGGCGGCUGGACUGACGCCAUCGAGCGAGGCUGUCGAUGCCGCAAUCAAGAGAGGAUUUCUCAAGUUGGAUGACGAGAUUGUCAACCAGAGCGUACAAAAGGUCAUGCAAGCCAACAAUAAGAUCGCCGCGGCCGAGCUUCUAGCCCCGGCCCUGUCCGGAUCCUGCGCACUCCUCUCCUUCUACGACAGCCGAUCCAAGCUGCUGCGGGUGGCAUGCACGGGCGACUCCAGGGCAGUCCUGGGCCGUCGGUCGCCCUCCGGCAAGUGGACUGCGACGCCGCUUUCCGUUGACCAGACGGGCAGCAACCCUGACGAAGCGGACCGGCUACGAAAGAUGCACCCCAACGAGCCCUAUGUCGUUCGUAACGGGCGCGUACUCGGCGGGCUGGAGCCAACACGCGCGUUUGGAGAUGCCAGCUACAAGUGGACGCGGGAAAUCUCGGAGAAGCUCAAGCAACACUUCUUCGCCCGAUCCAUCUCUCCGAUUCUCAAGACGCCUCCCUACGUGACUGCUGAGCCCGUCAUUACCACCACCAAGAUCGAGCCGGAGAAGGGUGAUUUUGUGGUUAUGGCUACCGACGGGCUUUGGGAAAUGCUUACCAACGACGAAGUUGUUGGCCUGGUUGGCAAGUGGAUCGAGAGCCAAGCCAAGGGCUCGACAAACUCGCAGUUCGACUCGGUCUGGACGCGGCUUUUUGGGUCACGCGGCCAGAGUCCGCUCCCCGUUGAGUCAAAGCACGGUGAUGACGGCAGCGGAGGCCAGAAGACACCGUUCCGCGGCAUGCGGCAGUGGUCAUCUCCCUCAGACAGCUUUGUGGUACAGGACAUGAAUGUUGCUACACAUUUGGUCCGUAACGCGCUCGGCGGCAGGAAUCAAGAGCAGGUGUCGGCGCUGCUCACCCUACCGGCCCCCUUUUCCAGGCGGUAUCGGGAUGACCUGACCGUUCAGGUUAUCUUCUUUGGCAACGGCGAGAAGACUGGCGAGGUACCGCACACCUUUCACGGCCUCGCCAUGGUUGUCUUCGACGGCCACGAGUACUUGACCGAGGAGGAGAAGAGACUCAAGGAGGACCGCAAUCGUACAAAGUAUUGGAAGAAAUGGGGAUCAUAUGUUGCCGAAAGACAGUGGGCAACUGUGCGAGAGGACUACAGCGCCGACGGCGAUGCGUGGAGUCACUUUCCCCACGACCACGCCCGGUCCCGCGCAUAUCGGUGGGGUGAGGACGGCAUUGCUGGUGUUUGCGACACACAUGGCCUCCAGAACAUCGCUUUCGCUUUCUGGAAUGAGAAGGACCCCUUUCUCAAAGAGAGGCUGUUCGGGUUGUCUAACCCACAGGGAAACCACGGCGAGAGCAUCAAGGAGGCGCACUUUCACUUGGAUAAUACACCGCAGCACUCGUAUAUGAAAUUCCUGUACAAAUAUCCGCAGAAGCCGUUUCCCUACGAAGACCUACUCAAAGAGAACGCGAAACGGGGCAAGGAGGAUAAGGAGUACCAGAUCCUCGACACGGGCGUCUUCGAUGAGGACCGCUACUGGGAUAUCUUCAUCGAGACGGCCAAGGAAGAUGAUGACCCAGAUGAGCUUCUCUUCCGCGUCACUGCUUGGAAUAGAGGCCCGGACCCUGCUCCGCUCCACAUCAUCCCCCAUGUGUGGUUCCGCAAUACCUGGGCCUGGGGUCGGGAGCCCCCCGAGAAGAAGCCUUCAAUUGGUGUUCAUGACGAGAAUUUGAUGAAAUCGAGGCACCACUCGUUGGGAGACCGUUAUGUCCUCCUCUCCCCUUCUCCUGGGGUCGGCCCAAGUGGGGAGGACGUCCAGCCAGAGUUGAUCUUUACCGAGAACGACACCAACUUUGAGCUGCUCUACAAUGGCAAGAACGAAUCCCCAUACGUCAAGGAUGCCUUCCAUCGCUAUAUUAUCAACCGCGAAAAAGGGGCUGUAAACCCAAGCCAGGUGGGAACAAAGGCUGCGGCGUGGUUCGCAUUCAAUGAAGCUGGCGGAGUCAACCCGGGCGAGUGCGCAGUUGUUCGAUUCCGUUUCUCUAGGAAAGCAGAGACAUACCUGGACGAAGAGGAGUUUGACGACAUCAUUGAGAGAAGGCGAGAGGAGGCCGACGACUUCUACUAUCACAUCAGCCCAUUGCCAAUGCCUGAUGAUCUCCGCAACAUUCAGCGGCAGGCGUUUGCAGGCAUGAUGUGGUGUAAGCAGCACUAUCUUUUCAUCUGGGACGAGUGGGCGAAUGGAGAUCCCUCCCAGCCGCCACCGCCCCCUGAGCGAAAGGGCAUUCGCAAUUCUGCUUGGAAGCACCUACACUGCGAUGACAUUCUAUCCAUGCCUGAUUCUUGGGAGUAUCCCUUUUUCGCCGCUUGGGACACGAGCUUCCAUUGCAUUACGCUGGCCAUGAUCGAUCCGGAAUUUGCCAAGAAGCAGCUUGAUCUCUUCACCCGCGAGUGGUACUGCCACCCUAACGGCCAGCUUCCUGCAUACGAGUGGAACUUCAGCGAUGUUAACCCCCCGGUUCACGCUUGGGCGACAUUCCGUGUGUUCAAAAUCGAGCGCAAGCUCUAUGGGAAACAAGAUCUCGACUUCCUCGAGAGAGUAUUCCAGAAGUUGUUGCUGAACUUCACCUGGUGGGUUAACCGGAAAGAUGUUGAUGGCAAGAAUGUGUUUGAGGGUGGUUUUCUCGGACUGGACAAUAUCGGCCUCUUCAACCGUUCCGAGCCACUGCCUACGGGUGGUACGCUAGAGCAAGCGGACAGCACAGGUUGGAUGGCCUUUUACUGCCUCAAUAUGCUCAACAUCGCCCUGGAGCUCGCAAAACAUCGGCGCAUCUACGAGGACAUUGCCAGUAAAUUCUUCGAGCACUUUAUCCUCAUCAGCGAUGCAAUGACCUGGAGAAUGGGCAAAAAGGAGGAACAGUCGCUCUGGAACGAUCAGGAUGGAUUUUACUAUGACGCUAUUUCAUGGGGUGGUCCCUGGAUUCAGCAGAUGCCGGUCAGGUCUUUAGUUGGCCUGAUUCCGCUCUACGCAACCCUCACUCUGGAACCCGAGCUCAUCAACAAGUUGCCAGCCUUCAAGAAGCGCGUCGACUGGUUCAUGGCCAACCGGUGCGAUGUAGCAGAAAGGACAAUGCACAGCAUUCGCAGGCGUGGAAAGGGCAACAGGAUCCUCCUCUCCCUUGUCAACAAGGAGCGGUUGGUAAAGAUCCUUGAGCGCAUGUUGGAUGAAGAUGAAUUCUUCAGCCCGCACGGUAUUCGCUCCCUAUCCAAGUACCACAAGGAGCACCCUUACUCCAUGGAGGUCAAUGGACAAACCUUCAAAGUGGGAUAUGUGCCUGGGGACUCGGACAGCGGUCUUUUCGGUGGAAACAGCAACUGGCGAGGACCCAUCUGGCUGUGUGUAAACUUCCUGCUGGUAGAAUCGCUCCAGCGCUUCUAUCUGUUCUUUGGACAGGAUUUGCAAGUCGAGUGCCCGGUCGGCUCGGGCGACUAUAUGCAUCUCGGGCAUGUCUCGGAGGAAAUCCAGCACCGCCUGCAGCAUCUCUUUGCCCGUGGCGAUGACGGCCGGCGGAGCAUCAACGGCGGAAAUGACACUCUCGACUUCGACCCCAACUGGAAGGACUAUCUGUGGUUCUACGAGUUCUUUGACGGCGACACCGGGCGGGGCCUUGGGGCGACACACCAGUGCGGUUGGACUGGCCUGAUUGCCCGCAUGAUUCACGAUACAGGCAUCAACUGUCGCCUCCCGCAGACCCCUCGCACCCCGGGUGUCGGCAUGUCCCAUUACUUUGACGACAUCCUCCACCGCCACGUUCCCGGUGGCGCCCGGACGCCUCGCUCUCCCAUGCUCUCGCCCAACGCGCCUCGUCUCAGGCGGAGCUCCACGAGCAGGUCCAUCGCCUCCCGCAGCGACUUCAGCAUGCCCAACCGCGGUUUAGGGAGCUAUGAAAGUGUUGCCGAUGAAGACCCCUAUGCUGUCAACGGCGACUCCCAUGUUAGACGCGGGUCGGCUGGUACCCAGGCCAUGAUGAACGACCCGGAUCGUGUCAGGGCCAGGCAGGAGGCGGACGCCCACCUGCACACCUACAUCUCGCGUGAGCUGGAGAAGCUUCAGGUGGAGCGCGAGGUGAAUAAGGAGCCGGACGAGUUUGAGGUCGAGGCUUGAGGGGGGCUGUUCUACAUGGUUGUUGUAUGACACAAAAUUGGGGCUCGGAAAACGAGCGCUUGAGAUUAGAGUUGUUAUGUUUCAGGGGCUCAAACCUAGUACCUUGCGUAGAUAGACAUGCAGUAUAUAUAUACAGAUGCGCUGGG